CUUCUUCCCGCCUUCGCCGGGGCUGUCCCGGCCGGAAGCGAAGAUGGCGGCGGCGGCGGCGGCGGCGGCGGGCGCGGCGUCAGCCGAGCUGGUGAUCGGCUGGUGCAUAUUCGGCCUCCUGCUCCUGGCUAUUUUGGCAUUCUGCUGGGUAUAUGUUCGUAAAUAUCAAAGUCAGCGGGAAAGUGAAGUUGUCUCCACCAUAACAGCGAUCUUUUCUCUGGCGAUUGCUCUCAUCACAUCAGCACUUCUACCAGUGGAUAUAUUUUUGGUGUCCUACAUGAAAAACCAAAAUGGUACAUUUAAGGACUGGGCCAACGCUAAUGUCAGCAGACGGAUCGAGGACACCGUAUUGUACGGUUACUACACCUUAUAUUCUGUUAUAUUAUUCUGUGUGUUCUUAUGGAUCCCUUUUGUCUACUUCUACUAUGAAGAAAAGGAUGAUGAUGACACUGGUAAAUGCACUCAAGUUAAAACGGCAUUCAAGUAUACUUUCGGAUUUGUUGUGAUUUGUGCAUUACUUCUUUUGGUUGGUGCUUUUGUUCCAUUGAAUCUUCCCGAUAACAAAAAUUCUACAGAGUGGGAAAAGGUGAAGUUCCUGUUUGAAGAACUUGGAAGUAGUCAUGGUUUAGCUGCCUUGUCGUUUUCCAUUAGUUCUCUGACCUUGAUUGGCAUGUUGGCAGCUAUAAUCUACACAGCCUAUGGCAUGUCGGCAUUACCUUUAAAUCUGAUAAAAGGCACUAGAAGCGCUGCUUACGAACGUCUAGAAAACACUGAAGACAUUGAAGAAGUGGAGCAGCACAUCCAAGCGAUUAAAUCAAAGAGCAAAGAUGGUCGACCUUUGCCAGCAAGGGAUAAACGCACCUUAAAACAAUUUGAAGAAAGGUUACGAACACUUAGGAAAAGAGAGAGGCACUUAGAAUUCAUUGAAAAUAGCUGGUGGACUAAAUUCUGUGGUGCUCUGCGUCCCCUGAAGAUCAUUUGGGGACUAUUUUUCAUCUUAGUUGCAUUGCUGUUUAUAAUUUCUCUCUUCCUGUCCAAUUUGGAUAAAGCUCUUCAUUCAGCUGGAAUAGAUUCUGGUUUCAUAAUUUUUGGAGCUAACCUGAGUAAUCCACUGAAUAUGCUUUUGCCUGUACUACAAACAGUGUUUCCUCUUGAUUAUAUUCUUAUAACAAUUAUUAUUAUGUACUUUAUUUUUACUUCAAUGGCGGGGAUUCGAAAUAUUGGCAUAUGGUUCUUUUGGAUUAGACUGUAUAAGAUCAGAAGGGGUAGAACCAGGCCCCAGGCGCUCCUGUUUCUCUGCAUGAUACUUCUACUUAUUGUCCUUCACACUAGCUACAUGAUUUACAGCCUCGCUCCCCAGUACGUUAUGUACGGAAGCCAAAACUACCUAAUAGAGAGCAAUAUAACUUAUGAUGCCCAUAAAGGCAAUUCAACCCUUUCUGUGCCAAAGAGAUGUGAUGCAGAUGCCCCUGAAGAUCAGUGUACUGUCACCCGGACCUACCUGUUCCUUCACAAGUUCUGGUUCUUUAGUGCCGCCUACUACUUUGGUAACUGGGCCUUUCUUGGGGUGUUUGUGAUUGGGUUGAUUGUCUCCUGCUGUAAAGGGAAGAAGUCGGUCAUUGAAGGGGUAGAUGAGGAUGACUCAGACCUGAGUGAUGAGGAGCCCUCUGUCUACUCUGUCUGACGGCCUCUGUUGUACAGGUUUACUAAGCUGACUCUGCAUCUCUUGUGCAUUUGUAAAGUGUCAAACUAACAUUAGGAUGAACUGACUAGCUUUCAUCAAAAAUGGGAGCAUGGCUAUUAAAAAAAAAAAACUAUAUUUUUUAUGUUUUCUGAAGUAACAUUAUUGUAUCAUAGAUUAACAUUUUAAAUUGCUAUAAUAAUACUAUGUAAAUAUAAAAGUACCGGCCUUGUGAGGGAAUGUUUGUGGAAAUUUUUUUUCCUCUAGUGUAUAAUAGUGUUGAAUUGAUUAAAAAUCUUCCAGAAUUAAUAUUCCCUUUGGUCACUUUUUAAAAACAUAAUAAAUCACUUGUAUCUGUGCCUUUGGGUCUCUAGAGUACUGUGGAAUUUUCAAGUGUCUAUAUCUGAUUGUUGAAAAAUAAUAUUCACAGUAUAGCUGAUAAAUAAAUGUUAUUCCGCUA